AAUGAACAUCAAAAUAUGUACUGUGCAUAGCCGGCAUCUUCAAAUUCCUUUUACAGGGGGACCACCGAUGAGGGGACCAGUUGAAUACUUAGAAUAAAGAUGAGUUCAUUUGCGGGACGAAUGAAGGAGUAUCCGACCGUGUCUCUGGACCGGUUCGACAGAGAGAAUGUACAUGCCCGGGCGUAUUUCCUGUCACACUGCCACAAAGAUCACAUGAAGGGACUAAAAGGACCUUUGUUAAAGAGGAAGCUGCACUUUAGUCGUACAGUCAGGCUGUACUGCUCCUUUGUGACCAAAGAGCUGCUACUGAGUAAUCCCAAAUAUGCUUUCUGGGAGGAUUACAUUGUCCCUUUGGAGCUUGAAAGCCCAACUCAGAUUUCACUGGUGGAUGAAGCAUCAGGAGAGAAAGAAGACGUUGUGGUGACAUUGCUUCCUGCAGGUCAUUGUCCAGGCUCAGUUAUGUUCCUAUUUGAGGGUUCUCAGGGAAAUGUAUUGUACACAGGAGACUUCAGAUUGGCUAUUGGAGAUGCCUCAAGAAUUGAACAUCUACAUUCUGGCAGCAGGGUGAAAGAUAUUCAGAGUGUGUAUCUGGAUUCCACCUUCUAUGACCCACGCUUCUAUAAAAUACCCACACGGGAGGUCUGUCUGAACGGCAUUUCAGAGCUGGUUGGAAACUGGAUCAGUCAGAGUUCAUAUCAUGUUGUGUGGCUCAACUGUAAAGCUGCUUAUGGAUAUGAAUACCUGUUUACAAACCUGGGAGAACAGUUUAACACACAGAUCCACGUCAAGAGUCUGGCGAUGUUCAAGAAGAUGCCUGAGAUCCUGAGCUAUGUGACGACUGACCGCAAGACCCAGAUCCAUGCCUGUCGACAUCCUAAGGAUGAGGAGUUUUUCCAGGGCAACAGGCUGCCCUGUGGGUGCACAGCGCCUGAUGGAACUCCUCUUCGCAUCAUCAGCAUCAAACCAUCCACCAUGUGGUUUGGAGAGAGGUCCAAGAAAACCAACGUUAUAAUAAAAACAGGAGCCAGUUCCUUCAGAGCUUGCUUCAGCUUCCACUCGUCCUACUCUGAGAUUAAAGACUUCUUGUCAUACCUCAAACCUGCUAACGUCUACCCCAGUGUUAUUCCAAUCGGGCAGACAUUGACUGAGGUUACGCAGAUGUUGAAGCUGAUGUGUCGGAACCAAAGUGACCAGGCUGCAUUCAUAUACAAGCCCCUGGGAGUCCUUAAACGCACCAGGGUGGAGCAACCUACAUAUGAUUCAGACAGUGACGAUAGCUUGUUUGAUGGGUUGGACCUGGUGCCAGUGAGGAAGAAAAUGCCCCUGAAUCAAGAAAUUAAUAAUGUGAAAUCUCCUCAGAAGACAGCACUACCUGACCCUGCAGAGGAGUCUUUACAACCAACAGUCACCGAAAGCCAGACUGUUUCACACAAUUACUUGGACUGCACCGAGUCGAAUGAUGAGGAGGAGGGUGAAGAGGAGGAGGAGGAGGAGGAGGAAGAAGGACAAGGGGACAUGAAUGUGAAAAAUGAGGUAAUAAUGGAAGCUGUGGAGAAAUCAGAGAAUAAAUGCCCUUCCUCUAACCCUCCGAAGUGGCAGGACUUCUUUACGACAGAGAUGCUGAGUGACAGCCAGAACAGCCAAUCACAGUCCUGCUGCUCUGCCCAAAGCACCUCCCCUUCCAGAAUGACAGGUUCUCAGACACCCGAACUGUUCAGCGAUGAAGAGGAAAGCACAGACAUCAAUGAAAACUUCAGUUUGACUCUGUCUGCUUCCCUGUCAAAUCACUCCUCACAGAACCAGGACUCGUCUUUACCUGACACUUUGAUUCUCCAUCCUGAGCAGAGAGGGCAGGAAAAAGAGGACAUGAAGGAGGAGAACGACCAACCAGAGAUGGAGAAGGAGUUGUCAGAGUCGCAGGUAUCGUCAGAUUUUGACGUUCCCUGCACACCAGAAUCACAGAUGCCACGGCCUGAUGAACUGGCACAGCUGUACAGGAAGUUGGCUUCAGGAGAGGAUGCAGUCAUCAGAAAAGAAAGUCAGGGCUCUGUAUGACACGUCAGUCACAGAUACACCUUUUGUUCAGGAUAGAUGAUGUUAAGUUUACAGUGUAAAUGCUGAUAAAUGAUGAUUAAUUAAGUUAAGUUAAUUAAUUAUUAAAGGAUAGUAGCAUAAUUUUUCACCUCUGUCCUUAAACAGAACUUUGUGUAAUAUUCAGCAGUUAAUACUGGUCUUAAAUAUCCUGCCUAAAGUACUUCAGAUAAAUAUGAGAGGAAAAUACAUUCAUUCAUUCAUUUUCCAAACUUUAUUCCUUGGAUCAUUGGGGUGGUGGAGCCUAUCCCAGCUACCAUCAAGCAAUAGUACUCUCAGACUGAGCAUUAUUCUGUAUUCUCAUAUGACCAGUGUCUCUGCUACAUAUUAAUGCAGUUUUCUGCUGCUGUCAAUCAGGAAUAUUAUUUACCCAUUAUGUUUGCAUACUUCAUCAAAAGAGAGGUAAAAUGUGUUCAGGCCUUCCUCAUGUUCAGUCUGAAUGCAUUGUUAGCUCAGUUGUGUGCUUCGUUCAUUUCUUUGAUAUACUCAGGAGCCUCAUAUUUACCCUGAUAUGCCUUUGACAUGACACCAUUCCUCUGCAGCUUCAGUCUCACCUCAAACUACACAGACCUCAGUAUGUAUGUAGUCACAGUUCAUUCCAGUGCACUUUAAGUUGCUGUGUCCUACAUACAUUAAAGCACCUGUGCUGCUGCCGUUCUUUCCCUUUUUGUUGACAGUUGGUGGUUUGUUCUGUUUCAGUCGAUCAACUGACGUCAAAAAGACGAACUGACUUUGUAUCCUUGUGUCAAAACAAGUUUAGGUCAUUAGUUUCACUAAUUUCAUACUUAAAUAAAAAUCUGUUGACAUGUUGUACUACC